GCCCAGCGCCGCUCCGGCCCCUUUUCCCGACCUCUGAAUCGGAUCCCGACGACCCCCCCCCCCUUUCCACCAACCAGCCCCACCAGCGCCUCCUUUUUGCAAUUGCACGGCAAGCGGAAGGAGCCGCCCGAGAGGGAGAGGACGCGGGGAUUCCGCGGCUGGGGCCGGCCCUGCAGGCAGGGACAAAAGCCGGAGGAGCCGUGGGAACCGGAGCCCGCCAGCUGGAGCCGUCUCGCCCUGCUCGGGCCCCCCCCCGCCCAACGAGGCUCAUUUCUGCACCUUGGACUACACGGUAGCCCUUGUAGAUGCUGAGAUCCAGGACUUGCCACACUAACCGGGACAGGAGGGAGCGUCUGGCCCAGCGGCUGAGGUCUUCAGCGGCCUGACUAUGUACGGCUGUUGGUGGGGCUGAGUGACAGUUCUUCAGCACCCUUUGGGUCGGUGCGCCUCUUUUCUUCUAGGUUGUGCCCAGCCAGCCGAUCAAAAUAGAGUCCUUCAAGGUGAAAGUUGACUUUCUGAAGGUGCCCCUCGGCCUAAAGAAGCCGACUCUGAAGGAGGCUGCGGCUGCCUUGGUGGCUGUCCCAGGGCCCGCCAGAUCCAAGUCCAUCAACGUGGAUCGUUACAAGGCUCGGCGUUCAGACAACAUGGACAACGAAUCGCAAUAUUCGGGAUACUCCUACAAAUCGGGGCACUCGCGCAGUUCCAGGAAGCCCAGAGACCGCCGAGAGCGACACCGCUCCAAGAGUCGAGAUGGGAGCCGGGGGGACAAGUCGGUCACCAUCCAGGCUCCCGGAGAGCCCCUGCUGGACAACGAGUCGACCCGAGGGGACGAAAGGGACGACAACUGGGGCGAGACGACCACCGUGGUGACGGGCACGUCGGAGCACAGCAUUUCUCACGAUGACAUCACGCGCAUCACCAAGGACAUGGAGGACAGCGCCCACCUGGACUGCUCCCGCCACCUGGGGGUCUCGCUGGCGGGGGCCCUGGCCCUGCUCUCCUUCCUGACCCCCAUCGCCUUCAUGCUGCUGCCCCAGCUGCUGUGGGGGGAGCAGCUGAGCCCCUGCGGGACCCCCUGCGAGGGCCUCUUCAUCUCGGUGGCCUUCAAGCUGCUCAUCCUUCUGCUGGGCAGCUGGGCGCUCUUCUUCCGCCGCCCCAAGGCCUUCCUGCCGCGCAUCUUCGUCUUCCGCGCCCUCCUGAUGGUGCUGGUCUUCCUCCUGGUGGCCUCUUACUGGCUCUUCUACGGCGUCCGCAUCUUGGACUCCCGCGACACCAACUACCAGGGCAUCGUCCAGUACGCCGUCUCGCUGGUGGACGCCCUGCUCUUCGUCCACUACCUGGCCGUGGUCUUGCUGGAGCUGCGCCAGCUUCAGCCCCACUUCACCCUCAAGGUGGUGCGCUCCACCGAUGGGGCCAGCCGCUUCUACAACGUGGGGCACCUCAGCAUCCAGAGAGUCGCCGUGUGGAUCCUGGAGAAUUAUUACCACGAUUUCCCCGUCUACAACCCGGCUCUGCUCAACCUACCCAAGUCAGUUCUGUCUAAGAAAAUGUCUGGCUUCAAGGUCUACUCGCUUGGCGAGGAGAACACAACCAACAACUCAACCAGCCAAUCGCGGGCUGUUAUCGCUGCAGCUGCCCGGAGGCGGGACAACAGCCACAACGAGUACUACUACGAGGAAGCAGAACAUGAGCGCCGGGUGCGAAAGCGGCGAGCCAGGUUGGUGGUGGCUGUGGAAGAGGCCUUCACACACAUCAAACGGCUCCAGGAAGAGGACCAGAAGAACCCAAGGGAGAUCAUGGACCCCCGGGAAGCUGCCCAGGCCAUCUUCGCCUCCAUGGCUCGGGCUAUGCAGAAGUACCUGCGCACCACCAAGCAGCAGCCGUAUCACACGAUGGAGAGUAUCCUUCAGCAUCUGGAGUUCUGCAUCACCCACGACAUGACGCCCAAGGCCUUCCUGGAGCGCUACCUGACCGCAGGGCCCACCAUCCAGUACCACAAGGACCGCUGGCUGGCCAAGCAGUGGACUCUGGUCAGCGAGGAGCCCGUGACCAACGGGCUGAAGGACGGGGUGGUCUUUGUCCUGAAACGCCAUGACUUCAGCCUCGUGGUCAGCACCAAAAAGAUCCCCUUUUUUAAGCUCUCCGAGGAGUUUGUGGACCCCAAAUCGCACAAGUUUGUCAUGCGGCUGCAGUCGGAGACCUCGGUGUGACCCACGGCGGAGCCGAGGGGCUUGAAUGCCAGGGAAGGCGGCUGAAUGCCAGGAGGAGGCAAUGGCCUGGCGCCAGCCUGCGUCUCUCGGGUUUGAGAGGGUUCCUGGGCUCGGUGGAAGACCCUCUUGGGGCUCACCUUCUCCAUGCCAGAGCUUCCCCCUCCUUCCCCCCCUCCUUUGUGGCCCCAACUGAGGGGAAGGCCAGGGGCCCUUCCUUCCUUCCUUCCUUCCUUCCUUCCUUCCUUCCUUCCUUCCUUCUCUCUCUCUCCCUCCCUCCCCCCUCUCAUUCUCCUUCCCUCUUUCUUUCUCUUUCUCUUUCCCUCCCUCCCUCAUAGCAAGCCCCCCAGGAACUGAGGAGGUGUGUGAGUGACAAGGACAACAUCACCCCUCCGUCCCUCCCUCUCUCCCUCCUGAUGAAUUGCUGGAAGUUACCUGUGCCAAAUUCUAAGGGCUAACUCUGUCUUCACCAGCACCUGCAGACACGGUCGGGCUAAGGAACUUUUUGCGAAUGUCGUUUUCUACGAAGCUACACGCCGGCACACGCACACCGCAGACCCACCCACCCCCACCUCGACACACGUCACUUGAUGCUGCUGUCGUCUCCCUGGGUCUCUUGAGGGCCAACUGCACAAGGUUUGGGGGGAAUCGCCCCAGGAGGAGCUAGCGGUCCAAGGGGAUAGAGACCCAGCCGCCCCCCCCCCCCCCCGGAGCCAUCCUUUCAGCCUCCGGAGGUCUUGGGCUGGCUGGAAGUUCAACAGGUCAAUCGCAAAACAAAAGGCUGGAAGGGAAGGGGUGGGUGGGUGGGAGGGGGACAUUUUUAAGAAGAGGAUGGCUUUUUUUGUUAAGAGCUCUGUGCUUGUAAAUAACAUUUCCUCUGAGUCACUCAUAAGUCACACCUGACCGUAAGGUGCUAGGGACUCCUCAUCGCUCUGUGGUUUGAGCAAGCUUUGGUGUGAACUGGUGGUUGGGGGUUAGGGUUUCUAUGGGGUGUUGUGAGCAAGGGACCCCUUUCCUGCAUUUGAGUCAGCAGGAUGUGUUUUUUUUUUUUGCACUUUUGCAUGUGCGAAAACUAGAGCCGGCUAUUCCUUUCGGAAGAUUCCUGCGGGAGGGUCUGCAUUCUGCCUUUCUCCCCGCCCCACUCUCUAAAUUUCAGGGCCUCCCCCCCCCACCCAACACAAAAGCAGCUUGCAGAGGGUUUUCCUGUUCACCCCCACCCCCGAAUUCCUGAAUGGCUGAGGACCAAUCACUUACCAGUAGAGUGAUGACGUCACUCUGAGGCAGUGUUCUUAAGCAUAGCCACUUUUAAAAUGGGUGGACUUCAACUCCCAGAAUUCCUCCUGUCUUAAAAGUGGCUGAGAAACUCUUCAAAGCAGGGGUCUCCAACUUUGGCAACUUUAAGCCUGGAGGACUUCAA